UUCACAAUUUUCUCAAUGGAAUUUGCCGCCUGCCCAUUGCGCCUUGGUUCUCAAACGUUGAGGAAGUCGAAACUUCCAGACAGGAUUCCGUUCGACAACUGAGGCAGAAGCCAGUUGGUUGCUAGCUGGAAUCGUCCGCACCUGCUUGCGAAAAUACCUUUGCUCCACGCAGAAGAACUCCAUCCCUUUGCAAGCCUCCGAGCCGGACAGCUCUUGGCUUUAACAAGAGAGAAAUUGGCGGGAGAAUAUAUUUACGGCGAUCUCGGAAGCCGCCUUGGUGUACAGAGCGAAGAUGGAGGAGCGAACCGCAGCUGGCCCUGACGCUGUUGAGAUUGGGAGCCGUGCGACGUACGGGGAAAAGUCUGUCCCAGAGAUCCCGGGGGUGGACGAUGCCAGCUCUGAUGACCAACGCCAGCGCUUCAGAGGGUUACUCUACCAGGAGGCCAAGGGACCCCGAGAGGUUUGCAGCCGACUCCACAGUCUCUGCCGUCGGUGGCUGAAGCCGGAAAGGCUCACCAAGGCCCAGAUGCUGGACCUGGUGAUCCUGGAGCAGUUCCUGGCUGUCCUCCCCCCGGAGAUGGAGAGCUGGGUCAGGGAGUGCGGAGCCGGAGACCAGCUCCCAGGCGGUGGCCCUGGCAGAAGGCUUCCUCCUGAGCCAGGUGGAGGGAAGAAGCAGGGAGAGGAGAAACAAGUGCCGCGGUCCCUCCCACAAGCGGUUGCUGAUUCCCUCGAGUCAGAAAAGGACAUUCCUAAUGCCUGCAAGAAGUCACUCUGUUUGGGAAUCACGCCAGAGAUUCGGACUCAAGACGUGUCGCUGGCAGGCAAUGGCGUGUUGUCCUUGACCCUCCCCGAAUCAUCCCUCACUUGUGACAGAGCAACAGCAACAGCUUCUGCACAGUCAACUCGGGGUCCCAUGGCCUUUGAGGAAGUGGCUGUGUGUUUUACCGAGGAGGAGUGGGCUCUGCUGGAUCCGGGCCAAAGGGCUCUGCACGGGGAGGUGCAACUGGAGAAUUACUGGAACGUGGCCUCUCUGGAAGGUGAUGAGUGGGAGCGUAAGACUGAUGAAGGGACAUAUGGAGAGUCGUCGGAAAGGAACAAGAAUCUAGAAAUGGAAGAGGAGAUUGGAGAUCAAGUUGAGCCAGAAAAGCAGGAAGGAAAUCAAACGGAGAUGUGGAUGAAUGAAUCUGUUACGUGGCAGGGUGACAAUUUCCCCGAAAUCUUAGUUCAGCAGGGAAAACAGAAAGGGCAAAGAAAAAAUGUCUGCCCAGUAUGUGGGAAAAGCUUCAAUCGCAAGUCAGACCUUAACGUUCAUUGGAGAAUCCACACAGGAGAGAAGCCAUACAAAUGUCUGGAGUGUGGAAAGAGUUUCCGGCAGCUAGCAAGCUUCUCGUCACAUCAAAGAAUUCAUACGGGAGAAAGACCGUAUAAGUGUUCCGAGUGUGGAAAGGGAUUUUACGACAAAUCGAGCCUGGUCAUCCACCAAAGAAUCCACACAGGGGAGAAACCAUAUCAGUGCUUGGUAUGUGGAAAAGGCUUCCAUCAAAGCUUCGGCCUGACUUCCCACCAAAGAAUCCACACUGGGGAGAAACCGUACGUUUGCUCGGAAUGCGGGAAGAGCUUCUACGAUAAGCCACACCUUACUAGACACCAAAGAAUCCACACGGGGGAGAAACCAUAUACUUGCACGGAAUGUGGAAAGAGCUUCAGCCAAAUCACGAGCUUCACUUCCCACCAGAGAAUCCACACCGGGGAGAGACCCUUCAUGUGCUCGCACUGCGGGAAGAGCUUUUACGACAAGUCCAACCUUCUCACACACCAAAGAAUCCACACUGGAGAGAGACGAUAUGAGUGUCAGGAGUGUGGGAAGACCUUCAGUCAGAAAAAGAGCCUCACCUCUCAUCAAAGCAUACACACAGGAGAGAAACCGUAUCAGUGCCCAGAGUGCGGGAAGUAUUUCAGGCAGCAAACGGACCUUACUUCACACCAGAGAAUCCACACUGGGGUGAGACCUUUCCAGUGUCUGGAAUGUGGGAAGAGGUUUUACAGAAAAGCGGAUCUAAACAGACACCAAAAAGUUCAUGCUGGGGUUGGGAGACCCAUAAUUGCUUGGAGCGUUGAAAUGGCUUCAGAUGGCGUAUCCAUCUUAUGCCCUCUAGGGGAAUUCACAGAGGAAAGCCAGUGUAUGGCUUCUGAGAUUAAGCAAGAACCCUGUUGCUAGCACAGCCCUUAUUAGCCAUCAGAGAACCCACACAGGGAAUUCAACUCCUCUGCCCCAAAUGAAUACUUGGGAGUGUUGGGGAGCAUAAAAGAAGCUUUCGGAGAAUUGAAAAAGCUUGCUGACUUGUUUUGUGACAUUUCAGUUGGCCCAAAGAAAGGUUUUGCCUUACUGUGGACUUCUCAUUUUGUACUUCCAUUUUUUGCACUUAAGAUUUCUGUAAAAAAAAAAAAAAAGUUUUCAUACUAUUCUGAACAAACAAAUGAA